AUGGCAGCAGCAGCCGGCGGCAACGACAAGCAGCGCCGCCGCCUGGACAUGACGAGGGAAUGGACCAAAUGGGACGUCUUCGCGGUGGUGAACUGCUUGCCGCCGCAUUUGCUGACGUUAGUGGCGCCGUUUUACUUCAGCUGGGGUGCGUUUUGGUUUGCGAUUGUGCUCGCCAACACCACGGGGCUGCUGGGCAUCAACCUCUCUUACCACAGGCAUCUCUGCCACAAGAGUUUCAAGAUCCCCAAGUGGCUCGAGUAUUUCUUCGCUUAUUUAGGCCUCCACGCCCUCCAGGGGGAUCCGGGUUAUUGGGUUAGCACCCACAGAUUUCAUCAUCAACACAGUGACACAGAUCGAGAUCCACAUAGCCCUGCCGAAGGGUUUUGGUUCAGUCACUUGGGAUGGAUCUUCAACUCAACCUCCAUUAAAGGAAAGUGUGGAAGACGACAAAAUGUUGGUGAUUUGGAUAAUCAGGCCUUUUAUAGGUGGCUUCAUAAAACUUACUUUCUCCAUCCCAUAUCCCUUGGUGUUCUCCUCUACAAAUAUGGUGGACUUCCCUACCUGUUUUGGGGAAUGGGAUUUCGUGUUGUUCUUUGUCAUCACUUGACGUGGCUAGUGAACUCAGCUGCCCAUACUUGGGGAACCCAAGCUUGGAACACCAACGACUUGUCCAGAAACAAUUGGUGGGUGGCGAUGAUGACGUUUGGAGAGGGUUGGCACAACAAUCACCACGCUUUCAAUAGCUCGGCAAGGCAUGGACUCGAAUGGUGGCAGAUUGACGUGACUUGGUAUGUGGUGAAGUUCCUUCAAGUGGUGGGCUUGGCUUCUGAUGUCAAGAUCCCAACUCGGCUCCAAAUGGAAAAGAUGGCUAUCAAAAAUCGUUAA